AUGGCGGCGAACAAAUCACUGCUAGAAACCGUCACCGAAAUAAGAAGCAUAAACGAUCGAGUAAACUACCUCGAAGAACAAGUGCGAAAUGACGAAUCACUAAAGCCAAGCCUAGAGCCCUUGAUCACAGAAAGCAGAGUAAAAUUAGAACAGCUCAGUACAACGCUUCUUACCUGCGAGCUCGAUCAAGGAAAAGACUCUACGAAUGCGACAAUGAGAGAAGAAGCAUGGGUGGCCACUACCUGGUCUCGUCACGUCCAAGACUUGCCGAAGCUGGACGCCGCAUGCAACACAUCUUUCAACACCUUCUUGGGCAGAGCCGACAUUUAUCACCGCGCCUACGUCCGCGACAGACCUUCACGUGAACAGCCUUUCAUCGCAGCAGUGUACAGCCACUUCGACUUGAACAUCGAACGCUCACUUGGAACCGAAUUUCUGAAUUGUCAAGACUGGAAAUCGGCCAAGGCGCUGCUAGAGAAAUCAUUCGCCGCGAAGAGUCACUACUUACUGAAGCUAAGCGAAGUUUUCGACGUCGAAUACGACCAUUCGAAGCCGUUUGCACACUACACCGCCAACGUCUUGCAAAAGAUGAACGAGGCGAAGCAAGCGACUUUGAACUCUUACCGACAAGAGAAGUCAGCCGACGCCGGGGUCGAUGAAAUAUUUGACAUAUUCUCGACGAUGAUGCUGUACUUGAAUCUUAGGAAAGAAGAACCAGACGUUUUCAACGCAAUCCUUCCAAGCCUAUCAAAAGUUUACGAUAUCAACGAACUCUGCCGUCUCGCCCAAUCCACAAGACAGAAUCGAGUUGACAGCGCGACCGUCUCCCAGCACUUCAACAGAAAUAAGAACAAAAGAAGAAGAAUGCUAAGCGCGCCAGCAACGAUUCUAAGGAUGGGAAAGACGAUAAACAACCAGAAUCCAAGAAGAUAA